CUUCUUGAAACGCAUCGUCUGGGCGAGGAUGGUGGACCGUUAGAAGAAGCCACAACAAUGAUACACGGUGAAUCCAGCAUGCAGUCCAACUCGGUCCAGUUUUUGGCCCCAUUCAAUCCUUCCAUGGACAUGAUGCGUCAUGGGCAUGAUCCGACUCUGUUCAACACUGUGAUCACACCGCAUAUGCCUGAUGCCACCCCACUAGUGGCACAGUGGUUCUACGAUUUGGUGGAAUAUGGUCACGUGCAAACUGUAUGUACUGCCUUGUUAGCUCUGGGACCGGAACGCUUGCGAUUGUCCGAGUGGAUUACAGAAGCACGUGUGGAAAGCUGGUUCACUUCCUAUCUGGGUGAUAAUGAUGCUCGUCGAAUGUCCAUAUCAGGUGAAAACCGAAUCGAGACGCCCGGUCGUAUGCGCUGGAAAAGUGGCAGCGGUAGCGGCAGUGGAGUACCUGGCGCAGUUGUUAGUACAGGUAAUCCUGUUGGCGGUGCCGGUCCGAAUCUCGGACCGGGAAACAGUACGUUGGGCGCAGCAACUGUCCUUGCUCCAAAUGUGGCCAUACUGAAUCAAGCUUCGACCACUUUGUCCGUCCGGUGUGGUCGAUGCUCUAAACCUUUGCACGCGAACGAAUCCACCCAGCGCAUGACCGGUCAUGCUGGGUGGGCGUGUUCCCGUCACACGACUACUGCUGACCCGGCCAAUGUCACGUGUGCAUUGUGCCAUCUGACUGUUCGUGGUUUGUUCGUCUGGUGUCGCGGAUGCAGUCAUGGCGGUCAUUUGGAACAUAUGCAAUGCCAUGUGUUUUUGCUGUCUUGGACCUGUACCGGUAAUCUCACACCGUUUUCUUCCCCUCCCCCUGCUCUUAUGACAUGUUCUGUUUGGCACAGAUCUGGCUUAGUCAACGCUCAGAAUGUCCUGCCGGAUGCGGUCAUCGAUGCCAAUAUGGCUAGUCUCGAGAUGGACGUCUCCUCGCAGCCUAUUGACGCCCAGUGA